AAGUGGAUUGGAGGAGAGAGAUGGAAGGUGAGGUCCAAUCCACUAGUCCACUAGUCCACUUGGAGAGAACAGAGGCUGUGUUCUGCUAUGCUCUGCUCCACCACAGAGCACACAACACAAUCACUCUAUCCUCUAUAACAAUCAACCGCCGAGGAUCAAGGUAAACCUGCAGAGGAGAGGGCCAUGCAACCCAAAUCCGCCGCCAGACUCUCCAGCUUCCGCUCAACUCCGGCCUCCUGGUUAGAAUCAGUUCUUUUGAAAGAGGAGGACGAAGAAGAAGAAGUAGAAGAAGAAGAAAGCCAAGAAGCUGAAGAAGAGCCCUUGAGCUUUACCCAGUUGCUUUCUACAAUCGCAGCUCCCUCUCCUUCCCAACGCUAUGACACACAGGAUUACCCUCCCACCCCCAUGCCCGUGCCCAUGUCCAUCCCCAAUUCUAUCGCAACCAAGGAACUUUAUGCUUCUGCAUCUGACAUCAAAAUGGACACCAUGUUCACGUUUGAGGACUCGGUACCCUGUAGAGUUCGGGCAAAGCGCGGCUGUGCUACGCAUCCCAGGAGUAUCGCCGAAAGGGUUCGCAGGACUCGUAUCAGUGACCGCAUCAGAAAGCUUCAAGAACUUGUUCCAAACAUGGAUAAGCAAACAAACACUGCAGAUAUGUUGGAUGAGGCGGUAGCUUAUGUCAAGUUUCUACAAAAACAAAUUGAGGUACUCUUCUUUGAGUGGCUGCUAUACGCUUGUAACUUUAAUUUCGCUCUGGAGUUUUCUCACACAGAACUGACAGAGCACCAACGGAGAUGCAGAUGUAUGGUUCAAGAAUAAAAUGCUGAAAGUACAUGCAGUGGUUGGCCGCUGAAGAUUUAUUUUAUGAAUUAUCAGAUUUUUUGGUGAUCAAGCAGACACUGCAGACACUCCGGUUGCUAAUUAUAUAUUUUUUAAACUCUCUGGAUGCCAUAAAGGGAUGCUAAUUAUAUUUUUUUAAUAUCGCUGGAUAAAUUAAAAGAUGCAUACAGACAUGUUGGGGGCGGCAUAGGUUGUAUAUCUAAAAAGUAGAAACUGUCCGACAAGCUUGUGAAUCCUUGGCUAUUUGUCUACGAAGAAUACUGUCUGAUGUAGUUAAGAUGCACUGUCAGUUAAAUAAUGAUCCACUCUUGAAAGAUUUUGUCUCUAUCUAAAGAAUUAUGUCGGUCAGGAAUUUAAUCA